AUCUACAUACCCUCAAGCUCAAUAAAAAUAUGCUUCAAGGAAAAGUUCCAAGAUCACUGGAAAACUGCAAGGAACUGAAGCUGUUAGAUGUUGGGUACAACCAGUUGAAUGAUACUUUCCCAUAUUGGUUGGGAAAUCUCUCUGCGUUGCAGGUUCUAGUCAUGAGAUCUAACAGUUUUGGUGGUCCCAUUGCUCAACUCCACCAAGCUGAUUCUCCCUUCCCAAAUCUACAUGUCUUUGACCUCUCUUUCAAUGCUUUUGUGGGGAACUUACCAUUGCAAUAUAUUCUUCAUUGGAAGGCAAUGAUGACUAUUGAUAACAAUUCAGAUUCGAUUUCUUACAGUGGCCACUACUAUCAAGAUACAAUUUCUAUUGUAUACAAAGGACUAUACCUGGAAAUGACAAGAAUUUUAACCACCCUCGUCGCCAUAGAUCUAUCCAACAACAACUUCAGAGGAAAGCUUCCAGAUGCUUUGGGAAAUUUAAAAGCACUUAAGAUACUCAACUUGUCAGGAAAUAGCCUCAUAGGUCAAAUUCCUUUUUCGUUAGGAAAUUUAAGUGAACUUGAAUCACUAGAUUUUUCAAGAAACAAACUUUCAGGAGAAAUCCCAAGGCAAUUGACAAGUUUGACAUUUCUUUCAGUCUUGAAUGUAUCAUACAAUGACCUCGUGGGAGGUAUACCACAAGGGAACCAAUUUGACACAUUUUUGAAUGAUUCCUACGAAGGAAAUGCAGAACUAUGUGGGUUGCCUUUGUCAAAGAAGUGUGGAAUAACUGAUAGAGCAUUACCUCCAGCAUCAAUGUCCCAACAAAAUGAUGAUUCAAUACCUCUACUUGAUUGGAAAUUUGCAGUAGCUGGAUAUUGCUCUGGUUUAAUAAUUGGACUGGUUGUCGGACAACAAUUGUUUUGGAGAAACAACCAAUACUUGGGAUGUAUUUUGAGAAUCAGAGGAUCCAAGCAGAUCAGAAAAGGAAGAAAGAGGAAACACCACAAUAGAGGGAAAUGAAUCAAUGUUAAGCUUUGCCUAGAUAUCAUUUUGUAACCUGAUGGCUCUGGAAUAAUGGUGGUUUUAACCUCCUUUUCUUUUUCUAAGGGUUCUGCUGAUGGCCAUGCCGAAGGUAGUCCCUUAGUUAAAGUUGUGGGUUCCUUCCUCUAUUGAUGGCUUUGCCGAAAGUGGAGGUUUAGUUCCCUUUUGU